CCUGUCUAACAGGCAUUCACUUGCAAACACCAUUGUGUACAAUAAUCAGACAAAAUAAAGACGCAUUGGAAAAAGAUAGGAUUUGUCUGCAUGAAACUCACGGUAUGGUACGGCUUGUAAAAGGAAAUAUGCAUGAAGAAUAAACCGCUUAGAACAAUUCAAAAUGUAAACAAUUUGCACAACCGACAGAAAUUUGUGUUGAAAUUGCAGAUCUAAUAAACAGUAAACAAUGCCAAAGUAUCCAAAGGGUAUCCUUGGUGUAAGAAAGGAUCCAAGAAAUCAGAUUCUGUUCUCAUUCAGUGCAAGACAAGGGGAUGAGUGGCCUUCAGACGAUGAUGAGGAUGCUGAUUACACACCUGGUAAAGACACAGACUCUGAAUAUGAGGGCUCUGGUACAAGCAAAGAAUCACAGAAAAGAAAAAUAAAAGACAAAAAGACAGAAACUGCCAGAAAGAAGAAAAUAAAAGAAAACAGUCAUGAAACUACCGAGAAAAGGAGCUGUACAAGUAGGAUUGUGCAAAGAAACACUUCAGAAUAUCCAGCAUUUGAUGGUGAAUUGCCGUCUCUACCGACAGAGGUUUGGGAAAAAAUCUUCAAGAUUAUUGUUGAGAAGGAUGGUGCUUUACCUUUCCUACACCGGGCUGCAAGGGUUUGCCGACUAUGGAACGACAUAAGCAAACGGCCACAUCUUUGGGAAAAGACAGAUAUGUCAUUUGGUUGGCUGAAUUUGAAGGAAUCACAGUUGAAAUCCAUCUGUGAAAACAGACUGAGAUCAUGUAGAGAUCUCAGUGUAUCAGGGUGUAAAUUUAUGAACCAUAGCUGGGGUGUACAGGCAAUCACAGAUAACUGUCACAAUUUGCGUGCUAUAAAUCUUUCCAACUGCAAGAAGUUACCUGUUGGUUCUGUUGACAAAAUUGUCUCAUCAUGCAAGCAUCUGCAGGAUAUAGAUCUUUCCUCAACUACUGUAGAUGCCGUGGCACAACAGACGUUGAUCAAUAUAGCAGAAAAGUGUGGACCAAACUUAAAAAGGAUCGUCAUAUCAGAAAACUUUGCCAAAAAUCUCAGCACAUUUCUUACAAAGAUAGCGGAGAAAUGUCCUAACUUGGAGCAUCUGGAUAUAUCUAAUGUUAAAUGGCAGAGUGGACACACCUAUGACAUUGAAUCAUUCCAGAGAAGUUGUUCAAAACUGAAAAGUUUCUAUUCCUCAAAUAAUGUAGCUAGAGCAAUGCCAGCUUCACAGCAGAAUUUGCAACAGUCUCCUGGUUUUCCUGACCUUGAAGAACUCAGUCUUGCUGCUCUAGAAAGUAACAGAUUAACAACCAGUGACUUUAUUGAAAGGUUUGUGAAGAAUGCUACAAAGCUACGUCUGAUAGAUCUACGAGGAUGUCUGUCAGAUAGAGUAGUGACAGUUUUGAAAGACAUUGAAGCUGACGAUGUAGAGCAGCUUUACCUGGCAAGGAGCCAAGUCGCCUCUUGCUUAUGUCUUGAUGAUAUUUUACGAAGGUGGCAACACAGUCUCAGUCAUCUAGACCUGUCAUGGAACAAUUUCACUAGAAAUUCACUGGAUUCAGGCCUCGAUGUUUUGUGUGAUUUUUGUGGUGAAUCCAGGAUGUUACAACUCAGUCUAGCAGGAACAAAUGUACACAUGAACACUCUCAAAAAGAUAUUGAGAAAGAUGACCAAGCUGGAUAGAUUAGAUCUCAGUUCAUGUAGAGACCUUGACAGGGGGUGUAAACGAGAGUACAAAUCUCAGGCAGAAAUUAAUGAUCUCAGGAAAUCUCUUGGACUGUGAUAGUGUUCCAGUAUCUCGGGCCAUUCAAUAUUUAUACUGGAAGAUGAUAUACAUUUUAUGUUGUGGAUUUACAAUGUUUUGUUUAGAAUGAUGUUGUCUUAAUUGCAAUAUUAAUGAAGAUUUGUUAAAUUUGUUGAAGAUACAAAAUAUUUUGCUUGGCACAAUUAACACCAAAAUGCUGAAAUACCGAAGUUAUUAUCUUAGUGUUUGAAAUUAUUUCCACUUUUAUAAA